AAAGAUCUCAUCGACCUCACCUCAAUGUAGUGCAUGUUCAAAGUGGCGAUGCUCGCCUCCGUCUUUCCAUGCUCUAUGACUUUUGUGUAACUUCUUUCCACAUUCACUCUGAUACCCAUUAGCUUGCGACUUUCUGCAUCACUGUACCGUUCUACGUUCAUACCGGGAGCAGCAACAAUGUUCAAACUCCUAUACACCCUUGCGGCGCUCAUCUGCUCUGUCACUGCUCAACAGACGCCGCCCGGUUACGGCGCUGCAGGCUCGACACUGUCAUCAGCAUCAGCAUCUGCACUAGCAUCAGCAUCAGCAUCUCCUCGAUCUAGCUCCGGGUCUGCGACCAACUCCGCCAGCUACCCAACAAGGACACUCUUUCUCCCGCUCAGCAAUCUCGGCAACAUCGCUGCCUCAAUAGUGACUGCAGCGCCGGACUCCACCGUCUAUGGCUUAGCAUGUUUGCACGUUACACCUAGCAUCUGUCCCUACAACGCCUCCGUUCUCAUCACCGAGGGUCCAAGCACGCUCAUCUACACGGAGACGUUCGACUCGAGCGGAGCAGCCUCACCUACUCGAGGACCCAUCCUCAUCAACUGCACUAUGUCCGGCAAUCCUAGCGUCACGCAGGCCGUAUGCGCAGGAGCAACAUCUCUAACCGGGCUGGGCAGUGUUCAAUCGACAUCAACUCUGUCUGGUGCACAGCUCACUUACGGUACGAUCACGAUCACUGCUGGAGCGGAGAAGCUCUCGAACGUUGCGACGCAGACUGCAAGUUCGAACCGAGCAAGCUCCACUUCAUCCGGCGGAGCGGCACCAAUGGCGACUAUGGCAGGCUGGCUUGCCGGUGGCGCUGUCGGUGCAGUGGCACUUGCGGUUCUGUAGAGACAGUAUAUAAGGCGCAAUAAGUGCUCAAAACCGACGUUCCAAGCCAUGAUCCUAAGCGCACGGUUUUGCCUAAAGGAUG